AUGUUCACUCUCACUGAUGAUGAUAAAAAUAAUUACUUGUAUGACAAAAUGGAUUUAAAUAACAUCAUAAAUAUACCCUGUGUCAAUGACAGUGAAAUUAAUGUCAAUUAUGAUUGUAUGGAAAAUUUAAAUGUCAGUAAUUUAAAUAAUGCAGCGAUGGAUCCUCAGUUCCAACCAUUACCGGAAAUAAUAGCAGCUACGACAGAAGAUAAUAAUUACAUUUCAACAUCUUAUGAACUUUUGGCCUCGCAGAAUGACAAUUAUUUGAAUUCAUUUCAAAACCCGCCAGUUCAAAAUUUGGUAACUCAAAAUUUGAACCUGCCUCCUGUUCCAAUCAGUGAUUACGCAUUGGUACCAUGCUAUUAUUUAGUUGUGCCUGAGAAUGAUAUGAUUCCUCCAGCGAAUGUCACUCCAGUAAUAGAACCAGUUGCAGAGGAAAUUCCUCAAAGUCUUGAAGAUGGUAGUAAUUUUGUUGUGGUAAACAUGGAAGAAAUUAAUAAAGCAAAUGAUGAUAAUUUUGUUUAUUCUGAUGAGAAUCAAGUCAUUCAAAAUUCUGAGGAAUUAUUAACUAAUGAACAAAAUGAAUUUUUUGUUGACGAAAUUUGUCAGACUGGUUCUUCUAUCGCCAGUCCUGUAGCUCAUGAUUUACAAUCUAUAGAUUCUGCAGAAAUAGAAAAACUGACAGACGCAAGAGCAGAGUCACCAACACAAGUCGAAGAAAGCUUGACGUCAAAUGCACCCGAGGCCGUUUCUUCUAAUUUUGAAUCUCAAGAAACUCAACCAGAGACGACGGGAAAAAAGUUCCAGUGUAAAAUUUGUCCAAGAAAAUUCAACUGGGCGAAUCAGUUAGAAAUCCACAUGGGAAUUCACAUCAGCGAUAAACUGCACCACUGUCCAGUUUGCCAAGUCAACUUCUAUCAGUUCCAUUUUCUGAAACGUCACAUGCGCACUCAUACGAGUGACAAGAAGUACACGUGUGAAAUUUGUCAAGAAGAAUUUGACUGGCCUCAGUUUUUGGAGGAACACAACAAACGUUGUUACGCUAUCGAUAAUCCGCACGUGUGUGAUGUUUGCCAAGCAGAGUUCAAUACCAGUUACAAACUCAGACAGCACGCGCGCACUCACACCAAAAAGAAGACAUACGAGUGCAACGUUUGUCAUAAGAAAUUAACUAGACAGUUUUUGCUAAACACUCACAUGCUUUUGCACACUGGACCCCAACGAUAUGAGUGUGAUAUUUGUAAAAUAGAGUUUAGUAGUAAUUAUAAACUUAAACAGCACAUGCGAAUGCACACCGACCCUAAAAAAUACGAGUGCAGUUUUUGCCAUAAAAAAUUUAUAUGGCCCUCGCAAUUGAACGUUCACAUGCGCCAUCAUACCGGCGAGAAGCGAUACGAGUGUGAUAUUUGUCAUGUUAAAUUCACUACCGCCUGUAAUUUGAAAAACCACAAGUACAUUCACACCGGAAGAAGACCGUACGAGUGUGAUAUUUGUCACGCUAAUUUUGCUAGGCCUCUUGAUAUUGCUCGGCAUAUAAAAAUUCAUUCUGCAGAAAGAAAAGACGAGUGUGAAAUUUGUCAUUUGAAAUUUAAAGGCCCGAGGAAUUUGAAACAGCACAUGCGCAUACAUACCAAUGACAAACCGUUCAAAUGCGACAAUUGCCAGUCAACAUUUUCGCAAAAGUUUUAUCUGACAAAACACAUGCAGACUCACUACAGCGAAAAAUCCUUCGAGUGCGACUACUGUCAGACUAAAUUUUCCCAAAAGCCAUACUUGAUACGUCACAUCCGCACGCUACAUCACGGUAAUAAUCCGUAUGGGUGCAAUGAGUGCAGUGAAAAGUUUCACUCGCUGCGGGACUUGCAUCAGCACAAAAGUGUACACACUGGUGAGAUUCCGUACCAAUGUGACGUUUGUAAAAAAAUAUUCUUUAAGCACAAGCAUUUGCUGACACAUGAGCGAAUUCACGCUGGGGAAAAAUUGUACAAGUGUGAUAUUUGUAACGCGGGGUUCAAUCAAAUCGGGCAAGUUCAAAUUCACAAGAUCAAACACCAUGAGUCGCCGAAGUCUGAUGACUUCAAGUGUAAAUUUUGCGAUGAGUCUUUCAUGAACUGUCAGUUGCUGAAACAUCAUCUCAAGACUCAUAAAAAUGAGAAAUUUAUUUACUGUACGAUUUGUCUCUACAAGACAAGGUGGCCGAUGUCACUCAAAGUCCACGUGCUCAAUCACUUGAAACCUGGAUUGUUUAUUUGUAAUGACUGCGGAAGAUCAUCAAAACGAAAAAACUUGUUGCUAAGACACAGAAAUCGUUUUCAUAAAACGUAA